CUCACAAAAGCUUGAUGUGCCCCCGAAUUUGCACCGUCUCGUGCUCGACUCGACCUUACUUGCUUACUACCUAUUGUCAACCUGCCAUCGUAACUCGUUUUGAUUGCCGGUACCCGAGCCUCGAAACGCCAGUAGAAUCAUCGCCGAAUCUCAUCGCGGGUUUCGUCUUCAACAAUUGGGAUGGUAGAGGUUUGCGCACUGAAGAGGUUUGAUAAGGGUAUACCCGGCUAUGGCACGCGUACCAAAGACCAGCAUCCACGAGCACACCACUUGCGAGACCCUUGAACGGUGAACACACCCAUACGCCUUUCCCGCGGGUCCCCACGAUCUGUCCCCGCGGGGCACUACCCGCUUUUCCCACGGUCACUACAAUGAACACGCCCUGCCGUUAGACUGUAGAUAACUGUACUGCGACCAACGCCUCGAUUAUUAUAAUGGCGCGACAUACAGAUGGGCAACACCUCCAGGGGCCAAACGAUCCUUUGCGAUUGUCCCCCAACAUGUCCACCACAAGCAUGGAAUCCGCCAGCGUUCGUGGAAGAGAUACCGAACGAGGUCUUGUCUGCGAUUUGGCGAAUGUGAUCAGAUUUGAAUCGCCUACGGUGCCACCCCUGAGCCGACGUCCUACAAUUGGAUCUACUCGUCGGACCGUGUCUCCUCCAACCUCGGUCAAGGCGUUUGCCAAUGCAAGACGACGAGGACAAGAUGCCGAUACACACGAUCCAAAAGCGAGUCGCAGACAGGUGGGCGACCUGAGCGGCGAGGCGGAAGGGGUCGAUUACUCGAAACGGACUAACAAUGGCCUGCAGAGUGGCGAUGGGAAAUCGUAUCGUCGGGAUGCCGAUAGUCCCCUGGAGGGGUUUCCUGCGACCGCCUUUGUGACGGAUAGUAACAGGCGCGAAAACUCGAAGGAUGGCCUCGUUAUCGAUUUCGUGUGCUUGGAAACCUUGAUCGACGCCGAGGACUGUGACAGCUUUAGCAACGCGGACUUCAAUAACCUUCCUGACAGUUCCAUCCCGGCGGGCGCCGCCAUUUUCACGUCCGACGGGGACUACAUCAACAUUGCGUCUCGGCCAGCCUCAGUCUCGAACGAGAAAGAUACCGUGACCCAUGGUCAACCCAGGACUGUGAAUCAGGGGGAGCAGAGUCGUUUCAACUUCUUUUCUUCUGCGCUGGAGUCGACCAUCCAUGCUGCAGAAUUUCGGGACCUUAUCCUCCCGGGAGAGAACAUCAGGUCUCUAUUCGAAUCCGAAGGGGAGUCUGACGGCGUCUGGUGGCUCAACAUGAACAACCCGACCGGCAUCGAAGUUUGGACAAUCUGCAAGGCAUUCGACAUCCACCCUCUCACCACCGAGGAUAUCAUUCACAAGGAAACUCGCGAAAAGAUUGAGCUAUUUCCGACGUACUAUUUUGCUUGCUUCCGGUCCUUCAUCGUCAUCGAGGAAGAUGGCGAAACUUCUUACCAUCCUUUCAAUGUGUACGCUAUUGUUUUCAAAGAGGGGAUUAUCAGCUUCAGUUUCACCCCGAAUCUGCAUUCGUCAAAAGUGCGGUUCCGAAUCUCCCAACUGAAGGAGCAUGUGUCCCUGAGUAGCGAUUGGAUCUGCUACGCUCUGAUCGACGAUAUUGUGGAUUCGUUUGGCCCAGCAAUCAACCAGAUUGAACAUGAGGCAGACGCCAUCGAGGACCAGGUUUUCAUCACGCGCGUCGAGGACAAUCAAGCCUUUCUCCGCAAGAUUGGCUGCACUCGAAAGAACGUCAUGAGUCUCAUGCGCCUGCUCGGCGGCAAGACUGAUGUCCUCCGUGCUUUCACCAAGAGGUGCACCGAAGACUAUGAAGUCACGCCACACAUUGAUAUCGCCCUGUAUCUUGGCGACAUCCAAGACCACACCGUUACGAUGAUGAAUAGUCUCGUGCACUUCGACACCAUUCUCUCGCGGUCACACAGCAACUACCUGGCGCAACUCUCGAUUGACAACAUUAGCAUGGGAAACCAGACCAAUGAGUCCCUAAGUAGGGUAACGGUUAUCGCCACAGUCGUCGUGCCUCUGAACGUUGUUUGCGGACUGUUCGGAAUGAACGUCAUGGUGCCUUGGAAAGAUGUUGAUAGCCUGAUUCCCUUCUUUGGGAUCCUGGCCUCUAUUGUCGCGUUUGCAUUUUUCUUUCUGAUGCUGGCUCGGCGUCUCAGGUACUUGUGAGAAGCAUCUUGGUAAGAGACCGAAACGUAGGUAGAUAAUAUAUGACUUAAUCUAGUUCAAUCAUGCCCUAU